AUGAAGUUCGCCACUCUCGUCGCCGCAAUCACCUUGGUCGCCUCGGGCGUUCUUGCCACCCCUUCUGAGAGCAACAACCUCGUGCGUCGCGACUGCUACGACUGCCACUACAAGUCUUUCGAUGCCGGCCGCUGUGAUGGAAGUUGCAGCAGCUCGGAACACGAGGGCAGUGGACAGGUCUGCCGGAAGUGCAUUAGUGGAUGCCCUGCUACGACCGACGCCGAUCGCGGAGACACGCCCGCUGUGAGCUGCUAG